AUGAUCUUUGGUUUUAUGAUCACCAGAUAUCCGGUGUUAUGCAGAAGAGCAGAGAGAGAUUAUGCAUUUAGUUACCGGACCAAGAACAUCAAGAAAAGUUGGCCUUUUUCUUCAACAAGUUUGCAAGUUUGUUUGAGACAUGGCUUAACUGAUCCAUUGCCACCGAUUCAGCCUCUUGGCUCUGUGAUAAGCCAUCUUCCUGAAGCUUUGUCAUUGAAGAAGCCAAACACAACUCAUGUCGAAGAAGCCAUAAGUUACGAGAGAAAUUCAGAGAAACUUCUUGGCUCCAAUCAGACUGAAGAAGGCUUUGAGAAUGUCUUGUUGGCAACGAACACAAAUGGUUCGAAAUCCAAAAUACAAGUAGCUACCGUUAACAAGAAUCCAAGAAAAAAGAUUGGGUUAAAAAUGAAACCUGGAGCCUGUGUGGAUAGUGGAUCAUCAAAAGAAGAUCAUAGUUGCCUCUUUUCGGUUUCUGAUUCUGUGGCUUUGAGAACUUGUCCCAUCUGCAAAACCUUCUCGUCUGCUUCUAACACCACUUUAAAUGCGCACAUCGAUCACUGUUUGUCUAUUGGCUCGGUACAGCACCCAACUAGUAAGCCAAACAGGCCUAGGAUUAAGUCACGGUUGAAAGUUAAAUCGCUGACUGAUAUUUACGCCGCUGCAAAAGGAUGCACAUUGGAAGAUCUUGACAAAAGAAAUGGAACAAAGUGGGCUAUGAUUUCGAGCUACUCUAACCGAGCUGUCUCUGAUAAUAAACCUGACGUGUCUAACAAAGGAAAGAAGCGGUGCGUGUUGCGUGUUCUCGUUGAUGAAGAUGCUGCUGGCAUUGGACCUGUUUACAUUGAUGCUAAUGGCCAAAAGCUGCGGAUUUUAUCAGAGUUUAGCGAGAAAACUUCUGUUCCACUGAGAGAGCAUGAAGAUUUCAGUGAGAAGAAAUCCUCUUGCCAAGAUAAAAGGAUCAAAAGCUUUAGGAAAGGACUUCGGGGAAAGAAAUGUUACAAGUAUCGUAAACUAGCUCCUCACAGCAGGAAAUACACUGUUCGUAAAGGCAAUGCUUUAAAGAUACCAGAGUCUCGAAGAGGAUAUUCUGAAGAAGCUAGAGGCGUGGAGAGGUCAGAAACUCCAAGUCCAGAUAAGCGAAGAAUUUAUAACCAGCGGAUGCAAACAAAGAAUGGGAAUAAGAGAGAGACAAAAAGUCGUGUUUUAUGGGAUCAUCCAUCUGAGAAUGGACAUUCAGUGACAGGAGAUCCUCUUGUGUUAAGAGGUCCAAGUCAUGUGAGUACUGAUUCGUCCGAUACAAAUUCUUCUCCUUUAAACAGUCAUAACUCAUGGAGCAUUGGUGGGGAGAGCCAAGUCUCUGGAAAGAGCUGGGCUUUGUCUAGGAGGAAAACCAGUAAAAGUGCAUCAUUUGUAGCAAAUCCCUUGAGAUGUUCGAUACCUGCUGAUAAGGUGUUUGCAUCCGCGGCGAAAGGCGUUAUGAAGUUGAAGAAAGCUCGGUUGGAUUUCUCAGAGUACAAAGAUGAAGAUGAAGAAGAUACAGAGAAAUGGGAGUCUGAAAUGACUCAAGAACGUAAACUUACAGAUUAUGAUGAUUGGGAUGAUAUUGGAAAAACAGAUACGGUCUUACUAAGCUCGAAUCCUUCUAUUAGUGGCGAAGACAAUGAUUAUGUAAGCUAUGAAGAGACUGGUAAUAGCAAAGGAGAUGAUGAUAUGUUGGACAAAACUGAUGAUGCAGACACUGACUUUGAAAGCAUAGUUUAUGCACAAGCUGGUUCCGAAACUGCAGAACGAGGAAGCCCGUUCAUGGAGGUUGAUCCCAUUCCUAUUCCAGGUCCUCCCGGUUCGUUUUUACUGAGUCCUUGGGAUAUGGGAACUGAUGCAACUGAAAAUCAUGGAAACUCUUCAGUAAUCACAAGCCAAGUCCAAUGCUCCCAAGAUCAGCUUGAUUUCACUGACAGAAAUUUGUCCGAAUCACCUGUUUCAGCAAUAUCAAAUUUUGCAGCUCCCGAGACACGGGCAUUGGUCAGUCUUGAUAACAUAUACUCCAUUGACAAGAGACCUUCCAGAUCGAAGGAAAAUGAUCAAUCAUGUUUUGAAGAUACCACAUUUGUGCAACCACCAUCACACAUUAUCCAACAAGAUCUGGAACUCUUGAGUAAGUCUAUGCCCGCGAUUUCUUCAAAUUCAAACCCCGUGUUGCGGCUAAUGGGAAAGGAUUUGAUGGUUAUUAACCAAAGAGAAGAGCCUUCACUUGGCGGAUCAAGUCUAACACCAACCUCUCCGUUUCUAGAUCUCUCUAUGACACAACAACUUUCUCCUCCUGUUCAUCUUCAUCAUCGUCCUUAUGGCAAAAAAUGUUUGUAUUUCGACACCAACACAAGCUUCUACAACAUUCCAUGA